GGUGUGACAUCAGUUAGCUAACAGCAAACCGAAGGAGGGAGCGGAAGUGUUUCUGGUUUGUCUUCCGGGUCUUCUUCUUCUUCUUGUAUCUAUUGUGUAGGGGUCAGCAGUGCACCACAGAAGAAGAGUUCAACACGUUCACGCAAACCUCUGAACACGCGGAGUGUCUCAGUGGUCACGUGACCAGCAGACCGCAGGAAGAGUCCUUAUAAGGACGUGGUGACGUUGCGAAUGUGGGCGGGGCCUAGUGGCUAUAAAGGCAGUAGUGGCUCCUCAGGAAUUAAACUCUUAAUGACUGAGACAGGAUGCUGCUUCAGCCUCUGUGGACCUUUCUGCUCGGACACUUGUCCCUCUUACAGUCCCCUGUCUUCCCCGUCCUCUUCUCGCUCUCUGCCUAUCUGUCCUGCUGCGCCCCCUUCUUGCUGCUGGACCUGCUGUCCUCCAGGUGGGCCCUGGUGCGCCGGUACAAGCUGCAGUCUCAGAGCUCCGUGAGCUGGGCCUCAGCAUGGAGCUGCUUGGCUCUGACGCUCUACAACCACGUGGUGUUCCUCUUCCCAGUGACGGUGAUGCACUGGUACCUGAGGCCCCUACACCUGCCCCAGGAGGCCCCGGCCCUUGGCCGCGUGCUGGCCCAGCUGCUGGUCUGCCUGCUGCUGUUUGACUUCCAGAGCUUCGUCUGGCACCUGCUGCACCACAGGGUCCCAUGGCUCUACCGCAGCUUCCACAAGGUGCACCACACCUUCUCCUCCACCUCCUCCCUCACCACCGAGCACUCCGGGGCUUGAGAGACUCUCAGUCUCGGCUUCUUUGCCGCGAUGAGCCCGGUUCUCUUGGGCUGCCACCCGCUGACGGAGCUGCUCUUCUUCCUGCUCAACAUCUGGCUGUCGGUGGAGGACCACUGCGGCUACGACCUGCCCUGCUCCACCCAUCGCCUGGUGCCGCUGGGGCUGUACGGCGGGUCCCGCCACCACGACUUGCACCACCUCAGGUCCAACUGCAACUACGCCCCUUACUUCACCCACUGGGACCGGCUGGCCGGGACGCUGCAGACACAGCAAGACUGACCUGCUAAUGGAGAACUUCAUGGACUGAUUGAAGAUAUUGUUUCAAAAGCAACCUAAAAUCUGUUUGUAUUAAAAGACUGAGGGCCAGUAA